ACCAGAGGUUGAUUUUUAUUAGCACCGUAUCUAUAGAAACAUUGUGGGUUCACGUCAAGCGUCUUCAGACUAAAAGCUUUACCUUCAACAACCUUAUUUGCAUUCAUUUCAUCUGUGAUUGGCUGUUUCGAAAGCAAACAGCUGUUUAGGAACCGUAAAUCGCCAGGAGGUUUUGAAAAUAAACAGCAGGAUGAACGGAGGCCCUGCUGGUUCACUCAGUUCAGUUAACAUGGAGGCCUGCAGACGGUGCGUUCACUGCGCCCUCGUCGCGUCUCUGCUCCUGGGUUCGUCGCUCCAGCAGGACACGGUGGCAGCGGACGUCAGCGGCCGCCAGCUGGAGCGCCUGGUCGAGCUGCUGACGUCUAAGGAGUGCGAGGACCUCCUGUUCGCCCUGUCUCACCCGGAGGAGGACGUCUUCCAGCAGCUCGAGCGCCUCUCGGCCCAGCAGAACCCGCUCGGCCUCGCGGCCCGGUCCAAGAGGGACGCCGCGUCCGCCGAGGAUAGCGGCGCUCGGUGCCGCGCGGCCCUGACGGACUGGCUGCUGGAGAACGGCGCGCGGACCUACUACGACCGGCUCGCCCGCGCCCUGCAGCGCGUCGGCAGGACCGACGUCGCCAUCGUCGGGAAGAACAUCAACCAGGACAUGGCCUUAAACAUAAAACACUACGUUGAAGAUUAUCACAAAUUCGUGAGCUCUUUGAACGUCCCAUCAGUCGAGUCAGACGCCAACGACCACCAGCAACGAGACCCGAGGGUCAGAAGGAGAAGAGUAAGGGACCUGACCUGGCGGGACCUGGACCUGAUUGUGGAGCGGGCCCCCGUGCCCCCGUACCAGAAGGGGCCCAUGGACGUGGUUCUGCCGCUGCUGCACGGCCUCCUGCUGGGCUUCGGAGGCACCUUCCUCGCGAGCGUCUCCAUCCUCCUCAUCCUCGCCCACGUGUCCCGCAGAGGGACGCGUGGACCCCCCGGGGUCACCGCCGGCUCCGGCUGCGAGCGGAUGGUUGGAGAUGCGGGCGACGGGGCGGCUCACGCGCCCUCGCACGCGCCUGUGAGCAGAACCAACGCGGUAGCGAGGCGGAAACCAGACCAUAACUAAUUGUGACAAACCUGAGCACAAUCCAGCCAUUUUCCACGCGCUUGUGUCCACGCCUCUGCUGUAAAGCGGGACCGACUGUUUCUGGUCCGUCGGUGCCUCGUCGCGCGACAGAUGCGCUGGAAUCGGGCCCUCGCGCCAAAGGUUGUUGUGGUGUUACAGUGAUAGCGAUGCCCCCCCCCCCCCCCCUCCUCCUCCUCCUCUAAGUGACGGCACCGUGCCCGCCUGGCAUCGAACAACAGCUAAUUAUCCAGGACUAAUAACCACGAGGCCGCUAGCAGACAAUGGAGCGCCCGGUCGCCACGGUAACAGACGACGCGUACGAAGUCUGGAGGACGCCGCUGAAACCGCCCGAUACCUGAUGAAGAGGGGCCGUGCAAAUAAAUAAAAAUGUCCACGUCAGAAGACAGUUAACUGCGUUGACGCGUGCUUUAAUUAAAAAUAACACAUUUGCUCAGCACCAAACUCUGCGGAGACAAAGAGCCUCGUGACAGAGAGACAGGAAAGUGCUUCUCCUUCUAACUCCGCUUCUACUUCCUUCAUUGGGAUUGAAGUAAUUACUUCAUUAUACAAAUCUGGCCUAAUGUGCUUCAGGAGACAGACAGCUUGGAUUAACAGUGGCACUAAGCGGCAAUUACACACAAUUAGUUCAUAAAUCAACAUUUAAACAAAUUAUAGUGCCAAGCGGAUCUGCGUGAACAAACAAGAUGCGCGGAGUGGAGCGUGGACGAGUGAUGGGCAGAUAACAAUGGAUGAAGCGGUGAAGUGGUGAAGCUCCGUGUUUCUUCCCGUUCGUGCCCAGAAGAAGUCUGAGGCUUCAGACAAACACAGGCACAGCGACGUCUGGUGGCAGGUUCUUCAACACAGUGAAGGUGUGUGGUGUUGUCACAUACUGUGAGUGAUGAAAGUAUGACUGUUGAUAAAUAUAUAAUAAAAGAUCCUCAGAGCCUCAGA